UUUAUAUAAUAAUAAAUUGACCAACUAACCCCACACACGGGGUAAAUUGGUCAAUAAUAGGCAUGUUAUUUUUGAGCAAAUAAUAAGCGUUUUCCAUUAGAAGUUUCCUUCAUUAUAAAUUAAUUAAUUAAAUCAAAACAAAAACAGUUAACUAAUAUUGAGUCUCGACCGAACACUCGUCGGGUGCGGAUGAGUUUUUCUUUGCGUCUGAUUUUUUUUUCUUCUUUGUUUAGCGCGUUUCAACCUGUUUCGGGAGCCGAUCUGGCGUAGUGGUAACAUCCAUACCUCUCACGCUGAAGAUCACGAGUUCAAUUCUCACUCCCAACAUUCUUCCAAAAUUGGAAGUAAAAAGUGACGAACCAGCCAAAAGUGUUGAAAAUCACUAUAAUACAGAUAUAAAAAAAAAACCUGUUUCGGCUCUAUUCGCUGCUAGGAAUAGUUUGUUGGUGGAAGUUAUCGUGAAAAUGGUUUCUGGUUUCGUUGUGUUAAUGGUGUUGUAAUGAAAAAAAAGUUCAAAUUCAGUUAAUCAGUUUUGUGGUUAUUUUACUGGAUUAUGGCGUUGUUUUUUUUUCAACUCUCUCGUGUACCGUGGUUAUGUGUGUAUACGUGGUAGCUUGCUUUUUAGAGCAUGUUUUUUACAGCAGUGAUAUUAAGGAUGGAAUCCACUAACCACUAAUUCUGCUAGCAAAAUGAUCCAACUGUAUCGAGAAACAUCAACAUCCCAGCUAAGUACUAUUGACAAUUUGUUAUUUUUAUAACCGAUCCGAAAUGCAAUCCGCUUCAAGUCUCUCGGUGUUGUGUGCGAGAGAGAGAAAGUGUCAGUCAGUAGAAGACUGCGGUGAUGGCGGGUGCGGCUGCGUGCGAGAGUGUGGCAUUACGAGUACGCGAUCGUGGAGGAUGUCCAGCAAACAUGUGAUUGUAUUGGUGUGGUUGCCUUGCUUCCCAGAACGGACUCGUUUGCUUCGGAUAACCAAGGUAGUUUGAUUCUUUUCGUCGGUUGACGUACAGUCGAGUUUUUGUGAGAGCAUAUUUUGAUUGUGCGAUAGCUGACGGAUGGAGGCAGGCUGUUUUGUUUGUUCGAGGCAGACGAUUUCGGUCACGGCAAGGCGGAGCGGACGGUGUAGCCACGCCGGUGCAGUUCUAUGUCGUUGUUUACUUCUCGAAGUUGCGUGAGAUUUGUGCAGCCGCAUUUUCGCGCGAAGUUGCAUUCAAUCUAAACGACAUUCUAGAGUUUUAGAAGAUCCAAUAGUUUUAGAGGUUUUUAUAUAUCUAAUAUUGUCUUCGUGGUAAAGAGCGCAUUGACGUCAACGUAACAUCGAUUUUCUUUUCUUUUAAAUCUAGCUAGACGUUGACUUUGAUGUGUAUGUACAAGCGGCCAUAAGAUUUCCAUGCAAGAAUAUUCAAUGUAGUGUGCGUUUCGACCAUGGGAAUGUUACGGAGGUCGAGAGAAAAGUUUGAAUUAACUUACAUUUGUCUCUUUUGCUCACCCAUGUUUUUUCUUGGGAUUAGUAGUUCACCUUGAAUGUCAGUGAGUUCUUCUUGUAUGUAUCUCCUUUUCGUUUUUUUUUGAAUAGAGGAUUGACGUUGCUUUUCCUUCAAUUAUGUCAUUCUAACCCUUACUACAAGAACAAUGAUUUCGUUAAUAAUUGCUCGACUGAUUACUUGAGAAAUUGUUAGUUUUUAUUACAAAUCCAAAUCGCAGGUAUCAAGUUUUCCUUUUCGAGGUUCAAAUAUAAAUUGCAAGACUAGGUUCAAGAUGCUAGAGUCCCAAUUCGGAAAACUUCCGUGAUUUCCGUGUAUUACAAUGGAAGAGCAUGACGUGCGACUAGGCACAAGUAUUAAGUCCGAUCCGAGUCUGAUAAGACCUUAUCAGGUGACCCUUCAAUAUAUUCAAUCUUCAAAUGCAUUUGAUUUUCGAGUUUUUGCUCCGUUGAACAGAGGAGACUUUUCAGGUUACCGUUCAGCUGCUACGAAAUGCAUUUGAUGUUCGAGUUUUCGUUUCAACGAGUAAUUGGGUCCACGCUUACAACAUUAAUUCACUUACCAGAGUUAUGAUCCUUUUGCAGAGACCUUUUCAGGUCACCCUUUAAUAUCUUCACGGCUACGAAAUGCAUUUGGUUUUCAAGUUUUCGUUUCGUCAAGUGAUGUCUAGUUUGCGUUAGCAUAAUCACAUCACUUACCACAGUGAAUCCUGAUUAUUACCCCUUCCCACUAACAAACUAUCCCUUCCAUGAUAAACGCUAGGGAACCACGCUAUAGAGGCGACCCUUCUGGCCUUCGGGCGGCGAAUAUCAUACUAACAUUCCUACCCUUCCCCUGGUGACUGUAAGGACGUGACCAGCGUCGUUAUUGAUCAUUGAAAGCUCGAAUCACCGAAAAUUGCACAACGAGAAUGAUUUGCUAGUCCCAAGCGUCAUUCUGUGUGUUCUUUGUGCAAUUUGGUUGGUUCAGGUCAAUCACGGAGAGCAACUACGAAUUGUACAGUCUACCCAAGCUCAAGCUCAAGCUCAACAAAAACAGUUAACUAAUAUCAUGUAGCAAGUAAAAAAACAAAUUAAUGAAAAUUUCAAAUUCUCAUCGUUGAAAAUUAGUCAGACAAUCUUUUCUAGCGAUUUCGUCUCUCUUCCACUUUGCGGCAAACCAGAGAUGCCAGGUUUGAAGACAUGUUUUCAUUUUGAAGGUAUUUGAUUUCGUGAAGACAUUUUGAAGACAUUGUGAAAUAUGUGAAGACAUUUCAGUAUGAUAGCGUACGUGGAUUUUUAAAAGAUAUUAUUUCCAUGAAAUUGCAACUAUUGGCCAAAAAUAUCGUCAAAAAAGUGGGGAUUUAGUCUCAGCGAACGAAGCAGUCCGAAUACACAUUGUCUCUAGAAGAAAUUAGUUCAUUUGCGCUCGAAAAUUCGAAUGAUUGUGACAUUGAAUUUCUAUUAUUUUGGCCCUACUAUACAAUAGAUUAACCUAGAUCUUUCAAACGACCACUUCACAAAUCGAAGGUUUUCCGAUUACAUAUCUUUUCUACAAUUAGUUUCAUGGAUAUGGUUUGAGUUAAAACCAAAAUUUCAAAGCUGGAAUAAGCAAAUAGAGUUAUCACAGUUCCGUUUUUGUGUUAAGAACUUUCCUCCGAUAUUAUGGUGAUGACAUUUCCUCGUACCAUGUCAAGACUUUUGAAAAAAAAAUCACCUGGCAUCCCUGCGACGCACAACCGCUUGCAUUCUUGCUUGCAUUUGUUUUGAUGACAUUUGUACCGUUCGCCCCAAAGUAUAUAGAAAUAGCCUCCAGGUAUGCUACAUUACUCAAAGCGUUAUGAUAUUCAAUGUAAGCGUUCAUUAUAUUUAAUGAAAAUUUUACAGCAAAAAAUAUAAAUAUGACAAUUAUAUUGCAAGUGGUUUGUGUGGUGGUUGUCUCGUUUCAAAUACACUGGAUUUAGCAGUAAAACAUAUGCUUUCUAUAUUUGUUUAUAGCUUGCGUAAUGAAACACGGCAUACCUGAUAAUUUUAUAUGCGUUGCUCUCAAACGAGCAAUUUGUGUGACGAACUAGCCCCUCUAUAUAUAAAAAAGAAUAUUCAUGAAAAUUCAACAAAAAUAAUUUUGAAAGCGAUUUCCAUUAAUACUUAAAGGUAAUACGGACAAUAAAGCUUUGUUCUACGUUUGAGCCGAUUUUUUUUCAUGGUUAUUAACCAGUUUGAGAACACAUUUUAUAAUGCGCAAACCGUGAAUGAUUUUUGGCGAAAUCGGAACCAUGUCCGUAUUUUUUAACCUACUUAAUAAAAAGUUUUUCCGAUUCGAUUAUUUUUUCGUAUCAGCAAUUCGCUAUUUUUCAUCCAUAUAUCGCUAAUUUUUUGGACGCUCAGAUUCCAAGAUAUCGUCACUGACCAACUUACCCGUAUGACCAACUAGCCCCGCCCUACCCUACGCUGUAUAGUACUUUCAGUGCAUGGAUACCUGUGAAUUAAACUGCGUGACGUCGUAUGAAACCCAUAACGGAAAAUGCUUUCGCGGUCGCAACGGCCACAUGCUCACCGAAUCUAAGCUUAGAAUCAAUAGUAACUCCGAGGUCGUUGAUGAACGAUCACGUUCCAACUCUGUUGAUUCCACCCAGUAACGAUGCAUAACAACCGUAUCGAACGCUUUCGCGAAGUCAACGUAUACUACGUUAAUUUGUCGUCUACCUUCUACUUCGCGAGACAGGGCAUUGACGUUGUACAUAAGAUUCGUAGUUGUAGAGCGAUACUUCAUGAACCCGUGUUGUCCUUCAAAAAUAAUGGGGGAUAUCACUUUGUGCACCAACCUUUCAAAUACUUUACUAAUACAGCACAGUAGAGUAACGCCACGAUAAUUCUCCACUUUUUUGUAGUUGCCAGACUUGUGAAUGAGAACAAUGUAGGCAACUUUCCAGGUUUUUGGAAAGAUCAUAAUCGGAGCCGCUAAUUCCCUCGAGCAGUUUUUCAGCAGUAGGGGAGAUAUUCCAUCCGUCCCUUCUGCGAUUGUGUUGGCUUGGAUAUCAUUGAAGUUGACGCUACGAGGGAUACGAGGCACGACAGGUUCUGUUUUACGCUAGUCUGAAUCUUGGCAAUGUAGUUGCUGUAACUGUCGAACAACACUGUCUUGUAUGUCAGUUCGAUAUUUCGAAGAUGAUUCCGAUCGCUUAAGACCCCGAAUUGAAGAAGCGGUGACGAGCUUUCCUGAGAAUGUUGCACAGUUUCCGGAGUUCGGGGGUUCACCACGGUUUACUAGACAUUGUUCUGAACGUCUUCUGCGAGGCACGUCAUUAAACACCGCACACACUCUAUCCAACUUCUAUAAGACCGCCCUGAUUCUAUUUCGUUGUAACACAAGCAGUUAGAACUUCAAUAAGAUACAUUCAUACAUUGGUGAAUGCUUAGAAUAAAGUAUAUUUAACGUCAAUUUCGUUCAAAAGAGUUGUUUGUUUAUUUAUUGUGCUUAUAUAUGAUAAUUUCAGCUGUCCAGUUUCUAUUUCAAUAAUUGGCAACCUUGCCAUUUCGGCUAAUAACCUGGAAAAUUCGUGUUUGAAUACUAUUUACCAAAUGCUGCUGAACGAAUUUUUCGCUAUUUUUCCAUGUUUCCGAAAUUGCUACCUUGAGCUCUUCAAUCAUGGUGUACCGUUUUCCCUCAGUGUAGAUUCUGCGUACAGGAUCCCCGUACGAUUUUCAACAGGAUUCAAAUCUGGAGAGCGAUCCGACCAGUCCAAAAAUUAAGUUUAGGGUCCUUAAUCCAUUGCUUAAUGUUGGGAACAUGGACAUCCCUAAUUAUCAUGCCAACAUAAACAUCGCUGAGCUCACUGGUGGCAGUUAAGCUGUCACCCGUAGAUGCGCGCAACAGCAUAAUAAUGAAAACAAAAACAAUAACAGUGCAAGUCCGUCAUCGUUCAAUGUAGUCUGUUUUUAGUCCAUUCAAUAAUAUAGUUUUAAUUUGUUUGUAUUUACGUUCGUGCGUGUUUCAUUUGUACGUUAUGUACACGGCCACCCCGAUACCGCGUACGUAAACGUGGCGACGAGGAAAAAGUUCAAUUGAGAACAUUUUGCGCGAGUGAGCAAAAGUGUUUCGCUAUCGGAAGUGGAGGAAAAUUGCCGACAACGGUAUGUUUUCGCCCGGGAAUGGCCCGCAACACCAAUCAGUGGCGGGAAAUGAACUGCAGCAGGAUCCAGCAGUUCAAAAUCUCCCGCCGGUAGUGAGUGUACACCAACAGCAGUCGCAGCCAAUCAUCCUCCCGCCGAUGUUUCAGCAACAACAACAACAACAAAAUUUUCCAUCGAUCGACCCAAAGAUGCUGCAAUUUUUGCAACAGAUGCAACAGCAAAUGCAGCAACAGAUGCAACAAUUAUUGCAACAGCAGAUGUAGAAACAGUUUCAAGCGCAGAUGCAGCAGCAGCAAUCAUUUUUGAAGCAGCAAGAGCAGAUGUUUCGAGCGGUGAUGUCGGCCAUCAAUGUUCAAAUGCCGACGAACCCGGAACAAAUUCUCGAUUCGCUGGCGAGUAAAAUCCUCGAAUUUCGAUAUGAGCCAGAUCAAAACAUUACGUUUGCUGGUUGGUAUGUGCAUUACCAGGAUUUAUUCGCCAAAGAUGCCGUCCGACUCGACGAUGAAGCGAAGGUGAGAUUGCUGCUGAGGGAGUUGGGUCAUCGGAACACGAGAGGUACACCAGUUACAUCCUACCGAAGAGCCCCAACGAAGUUAAUUUCGACGACACGGUGAGCAAACUCAAAAGUUUAUUCGGCAUCCCAGAAUCCGUGAUCAGCAAACGGUACUGGUGCUUGCAAGUCACGAAGCAAGCCACUGAAGACUAGAAAACAUUCGCCUGCCGGGUGAACAAACUGUGUGUCGAAUUCGAACUGGGGAAGCUUUCGAAGGAUCAGUUCAAAUGCCUCGUGUUUGUAUGUGGACUGAAAGCAGAAAGCGAUGCGAAGUCAGAACCAGGUUGCUGAGCAGAAUCGAGGAGCGGAAUGAUAUCACGUUGGAGCAGAUUUAGGAAAAAAUGUCAACGACUUUUGAACCUCAAGCACGACACGGCGAUGAUAGAGGCAGCAUCUUCGUCGGCAGCAGUGUAGAGCGUAGCAGUUAAGUGGGAACCCGCUCAGGGCGAGGAUCGCCAGAAUCGAGAUCCUCAAAUCAGCGAAGUGCUGGUCCAGCAACGCCUUAUUAGAACUGUGGUGCCAUGCAUUAUUCGAAAGACUGUAUUUUCAUCAAUCAUCGGUGCAAGGAUUGUGGUCAAGUAGGCCACAAAGAUGGGUACUGCACCAGUGCCAAAAAGAUUAAAUCCUCAAGCCAGCGGCACUCAUUCAAGCCAGUGGUAACAAGAAGUGUGCAGGUGAAAAACCAACGGAAGCGAAGGAGGUAUGUGGAAGCAGAAGUUAACGGCAGGCUGAUCGGUCUCCAGUUCGACACUGCAUCGGAUGUCAGCAUCAUUUCCGAGCAGACAUGGAGGAAUAUCGGGCUACCCACAACGAGUCCUGUAACGGUUAAAGCUGCCACAGCGUCGGGAACAAAUUUAAAACUGGAUUCCGAGUGUUCUUGUGAAGUAGUGAUCAAGGGGGGAAAGCGUCAUGGUCGAUUCAUCGUGGUCAAACAGCAACUCAACCUGCACGGACUGGACCUAAUCGACAGCUUCAACCUUGGAUCGAAGCAGUUCUGCAAUCAAAUCAACAGUAGUCCAACAUCAAUAAGUUCUACCCAAGCAGCUUUUCCAGCGGUUUUCAGCAUCAUACCUUCGUUUUCUGCAAUAAGCACCAAAUCAACCGGAAAUACAAAGAAAAGAAACAGCUGUACAGGUACCUUGUCGCUCUUCAAGUCCGCGAAAACCGCCGUUAAGGUUUGAUCCGUACUAGUUGUAUUAAGAGGGGAACUGUUGGGAACAUAGACAUCCCUAAUUAUCAUUCCAACAUAAACAUCGCUGAGCACACUGGUUGCAGCUAAGCUGUCACCCGUAGACGCGCGCAACAGCAUAAUAGUGAAAACAAAAACAAUAACAUUGCAAGUCCGUCAUCAUUCAAUGUAGUCUGUUUUUAGUCCGUUCAAUAAUAUAGUUUAAAUUUGUUUGUAUUUACGUUCGUGCGUGUUUCAUUUGUGCGUUAUGUACAUGGCCACCCCGACACCGCGUACGUAAAACUUAGUUCCCUUGCUGAUAUGAAUAGUAGCAUUGUUUUGCUUGAAUGUGAAUUUUUCGUGACGAUAUCCAUGCAAAAACGGUGGGAGAGAGGAUUCCAGAACAUGUAAUCCUUGAAUGACGUGAAAGCUAUCUCCAGUAGGGCCCGAAAUCUUCGAAGAUUUUAUUCGUUUAGUUGCGGAGAGCAAAAAAGACGCUGCCCCGAAACGCAUGCAAUAUGAUAGGUCGAAAGUAGCAGACGCUCUGGAAAUGGUGAGAACCGGGAGUUCCGUUCGGCAGGCGGCAAGAUUGUAUGGGAUUCCGAACUCAACACUGCGCGAGAAGCUAUUAGGAAGGCAUUCUCAACCAAAUCCUGGUAAAGCAAGAGUUCUCGAAGCAACUGAAGAAGGACGAAUAGUUGAAUGGCUGCUAGCCAAAAUAAAAGUUGGAUUCCCCGUGGACACCAAGAGAUUAGUGUCAACCGUAGCACAUUAUGUGCGAAAAUCAGCUCGUCCCAAUCCGUUCAAAAACGGGAUACCUGGUCGUAAAUGGGUCAAUGGGUUCUUUAGUCGGCAUCCAGAAAUACCGAGACGGGUACUAAGCGUAUUGCCAAAGCCUCGUACGGCCGUUUCUGAGCCACAAAUCAGAAGCUGGUUUCACAAAAUUCGUGAGCAUUUCGAGGAAGAGGCGCUGUCCCAUGUUUUGAAGUCUCCGGAAAAGAUAUUUAAUUUGGACGGAACAGUGGUACGUACAAUACCCACACAGGAAGCUAAUUCCGGUCAAAAACUCAUCCACGCAAAGGUAGGAAACGCCGAACGUGAAUCUUACACUGCACUGUUUUGUGGAAACGCAACUGGGCAGUUAGCACCAACGUUGAUGAUAUACCCGUAUAAAUUCAGGAUGCCAAAAGAGAUCUGGCAGAAAUUGCCCAAAGGUUGGGCCGCUGCAAAAGCCGAAUCGGAUAUAUAUUGCCUGUUUUUCAAGGAUGUUUUUUAUCCUUGGGUUGUCCAGCAAAAAAUAACGUUUCCUGUUAUAGUUUUUCUAGAUGGAUAUAAGUCGCAUGUCUCAUUUGAAACGAUGCAGCUAUGUACGGAAAAAAAUAUAAUCCUGGUUUGUCUUCCACCGAAUUCCACUGAAAUCACCCAGCCGUUGAACGUUAGCUUUAUCCGACCACUCGAAAACUUCUGGAAUCAAGUUCUGGUAGAAUGGAGGACCGACAAUAACGGUGAAAUACUUCCGAGGAAAGAAAUUGCAUCACUUCUAAAACAAGCUGUGGAUAGAAUGACGAACCUACAAUCGACAUUGGUUAACUGCUUCCGGCAGUGUGGAUUGUAUCCGUUAGACCCUGAUGCUGUUAAUUAUUCAGGUCUUAUUGGAGAAACCAGUGAAGCAUUUUCAACACAAACUGUGUUACCAACAAUGAAGAGUGCAAUAAUGAAUCCUUUGUGAAACGCUUCGAAUCAGGGUUGUCACAUUUAAUUCUGUGAAAUUUUCUGAAAAAAAACUGUAUAUCUGUAUUUUUACCAAAAAAAGAAUCUUUGAAAAAUCUGUAUCGAAGAAUUAAGGAAAAUAAAACAAAAGUAAAUAUUUACGGGUUGUUGAAGUCUUAUCAAUGAAACGAAACAAAUCAUAAAAAGACUUCCUUCUAAACCUUCGAAUUGUAUUAUGUUUCUACAUGGUUUUGUUGAACCUCAUCCUUCAUCUUUCAAGCUCCCCCUUGAUCCGAUACAUAGUUUUUUUGCUUUCAAAAUAGAGUCUACAAAUGUGGGUGCAACCGAUUUCCAGACAGGCAUUUGGCAUUGUAAAGCUAAAAUAUUCGCUCAACACACGCUGUUGAAUGUUAUCAAAAAGUGACAAUCAACGCAAAAUACAAUACAACGACAUGUUUACAUGUCAAAAUACACAAAACAUUUUUGACGUAGGACUACGUCUUACAUUAAGGGUGCCAAAUCAGAAAACAAGUCACGCUUUUUAUGAAAUACAGUUAACGUUAGUAACUAUUUUUGUUACGAACUGAUUUUGACGAUUUGCAUACUAAUCGAAUCGGAAAUCCUUUGUUUGACUUUGUCUUGUUUGAUAUGCUAUACAUUACAAUCCCUUGGUGUGUAAAGUGUUUAAAUUGAUGAAAACUAGAAGCAUUCUAAUUUUCCCAUACAUUUGUUCUGUCCAUUUGUGUGCUUCCCAAACCGUGCUGUCAAUGACGCGCACCGCGUGCGCACGCGAGAAUAGAAACAACGAAGAGGAUAACGAAAAGAGAAUAUCUGCGACUUAAACUCCACCAAGGAAUGUGAACAGUCAUUUUUGCAGGUCAAGGAACUUAUUCAGUCCGGUAGUUGCCUAGUACAUUACUCACCAGAGCUUCCUCUUAUUCCUGCCACGGAUGCGUCUCCCUAUGGAGUGGGGGCAUUAUCGAGCCACAUAAUGCCAGACAGAUAAGAACGACCAAUACAGUUUGCAUCACAAACCCUAAAUCGCUCGCAAUAAAGGUACAUGCAGGUUGACGAAGAAGCGUACUCAAUCAUACAGAAAAGAAAUAUUUUCAGUACCUUUACGGCCGUAAGUUUAUUCUUAUUUCGGACAACCAAGCGAUUACAAAGAUAUUUGGCGAACACAAGGACCUACCCGUAAUGUCAGCCUUACGGAUGCAACACUACGAAACAUAUUUGCAACAUUUCGACUAUGAGCUAAUGCGGAUGCAUUUUCACGAAUCCCGUUAGAGCACAGGGAAGCUGAAAAUAUCGUGAAAGGGACUGAUGUCAUUGAGAUGAGUCAGAUUGAUACAUUGUCAUUACUGCUGCGACUGAGUUAGCCCAGACUACUUCCGAAGAGUCAUUACUGCGGGUUCUACUUCAAGCCCUCGAAUAUGGGCAAAAUGUUGAAGCGAAAAACCGGUUCGGCGUGGAUCAAAGCGAGUUUUCUCUCCAGAAUGAUUGCCUGCUACGAAGAAUCCGGGUUUACGUUCCAUCGAAGCUCAGAAGACUGGUGCUGGAAGAGCUUCAUAGUGCGUACUUUGGUAACACACGUACCAAAUCACUGGCUAAAGGUUACUGCUGAUGGGUUGAAAUUGAUCGGGAAAUUGAAGAAAUGAUUGCUAACUGUGCAGACUGUCAGGCCGAGCAGAACCAUCCAAGACACCAUUACAUUGCUGGGAGUCAUCAACGGAGCGGUUUCAAAUGGUCCACGUGAAUUUCGCUGGGCCAUACUUAGAUACAUAUUUCUUUAUUUACUUGGACGCGUACAGUAAGUGGCCAAUCGUGAUGAUUUCUAUAACUUCUGAAAAUACCGUAAACAUGUGUCGAGAAAUUUUUGAUACCUACGGAAUACAGUCGGUACUCGUGAGUGAUCAUGGAGUUCAGUUCACUGCAGCAACAUUCCAGAGUUACUCACAAGAGAGGCGCCAUACCAUCCUGCGACGAACGAUGCGUUACGUCCAAACGUUAAGCAGAAACUAGUGAUCCCCGAUUUUUGAAAUUAAUCGUUCAUCAGCUAAUCGAAUAGUUUUCAGCAGUUCGUUAUUCGAUACGAUUAAUCGACCCAAAUAAUCGAUUAAUCGCAAUACUGAGAGAAAUAAUCCGUCAGACUAAUAUUUCUCAUUUGCUAGAAAGCCAUAUGGAAUCAAAAAUAUGUUAAUUCCACCUGAAAAUCAAUUAUUAUCCUUUACGCUCACCUAAAGUCGUAAAGAAUGCUCAAUUCGCGUUGACGGCAUUGAGCUUCGUUUAUGAACUUACGGGAGCGUCAAAGAUAAUGAUUGAUUUUCAGAAUAAAACUGCAACGGCCGUACGUUUUUUUCUCUCAGCGUUUGGAUCGAUUAAUCGACGUAAAUUAUUCGUUCACUUCGAUUAUUGGUUGUGCAGUAUUCGUUCGAUUAAUAAUCGAUUUCUGUAGGAAGUAUUCGAUUAAUCGAUUAAUCGAACGAUUAUCGGAGAUCACUAGCAGAAACUAAAAGCAUUAAAGUGAAUAAAGGCGGAGAUGAACUUGGAGCUCUCUAAAAUUUUAUUGACCUACCGGAAAAUGAUUCACCCGUCUACCGGAGAGUCACUAUCAAUGCUUGUGUUCGGUCGCCAAAUGUGAUCAAGAUUGGAUUUGCUUUUGCCCAAGUAUGAGCCAAGAGCGAACAAUUAUUACGCCGUUCGUCAGUUUGAAGAGGAUGAUCCAGUGCGUGUGAGAGACUUUUUGUCUAACGAUAAAUGGAAGUUCGGAAAAAUUGUGGAGAAGGUUGGGAAGCUACGUUAUACCAUCCGACUGGGCGACGGUAGAAUUUGGGAACGUCACAUUGACCACAUUGCCGCAAUUUAUUUAAUUUAUUUUCGGUCGUCACAACAAGACUCUUGAUCAGACUCAGCAAGUCCUAAACAGUGCAUAUGUAUUGAAAACAUCAACAAAUUGAUUGUUUUUCAAUGAUUUUCCGGGGAAUUUGUUCUUGCUGCUCUAAAUUGAGAAUUGUUAACACGAAAAUAGCUCCAAAACGGAUAGUUUUUUGUUUAUUUCGCGUUCAAAAAAAAUGAGGCAUGUUGAUAGAUAUCAGAACUAGUUACCACAUAAGGCUAGAAGUGAUAAUUUAUUGUUAAAGAGAAGGAAAAAAAAUGGUUGGGUGAAACAUAGUCUGCACUACCCGAAAUCAGAACUAGUUACCACAUAAGGCUAGAAGUGAUAAUUUAUUGUUAAAGAGGAGGCAAAAAAAAAAUGGUUGGUGGAAAUAUAGUCUGCACUACCCGUAAAAGAGUUGAAUCGUUUGCCAUGUUUUUUUGUGGCAAAACAUAUGAUAAAAUGAAUGCUUUCAAUCCGUUCCUACAGGCUUCGGUAAUAAGCGGAUAAUAAAUCAACAAUCCGAAACAAGACUUGAAGUAACUAUUCUUCAAUUGCAUAAGCUCAGGCUAUCCUUCCUUCACCUCGGUAUUCUUUUUUU